GUGUCCAAAGCUUGAUGUUUUGCAUCUCAGUUAUGAAGAUUAUUUUAGCUUGAUGUUUCAAAUCUAGCUAUUGGGUCCAUCAAGGAUUUUCAGAUUCGAUUUAAACUAAUCAUUGUUUCAAUAUAUUUUUUGAACUUCAAUUUGGUGCAGAGGAUCAUGCCAGGCAUCAUGAAUUGGAAAUGCUGGGUAUGUGUAAUUGCUGCUGUAAUUGCAGCAACAGUAUUCAGAUGUGAAGGUGAUGAAAUCUAUGUGUGUGAUCCAAUGAAGUUCGAGAUGAUGGGAAAAGAUAUCAAACAAUUUGCAUUUUGUGAUUCAUCUUUGGGAUUUGAAGAGCGAGCCAUAGACUUGGUGAGUCGCAUGACUUUGCAAGAAAAAGUAGGACAGAUGGGCAGCACUUCGACUGGAGUGCCCAGGUUGGGGCUUCCCAAAUAUGAAUGGUGGUCAGAGGGGCUGCAUGGUGUUUCGAACACAGGACCUGGUAUUGUGUUCGACCAGCGCGUGCCUGGUGCCACUAGCUUUCCUCUUGUCAUUCUCAGUGCAGCUUCGUUUAAUGAAACUCUUUGGAGAGUCAUGGGAGAGAUUGUGUCAACUGAGGCAAGGGGCAUGCACAAUUCAGGAACUGCAGGGCUGACUUAUUGGAGUCCUAACAUAAACCUUCUGAGAGAUCCUCGAUGGGGUCGAGCCCAAGAAACUCCAGGAGAGGAUCCCCUUGUGGUUAGCAGAUAUGCUGUCAACUAUGUUAGAGGUUUGCAAGAUACCAGCAGUAGCUCCUCCAAUAUGCUUAAGGUUGCUUCCUGUUGCAAGCAUUAUACUGCUUAUGAUCUUGAUGCUUGGAAAGGUAUUGACCGCCUCCAUUUUGAUGCAGAGGUGACUCAACAGGAUAUGCUGGAUACAUUCCAACCACCAUUUGAGGCUUGUGUAACGCAGGGUGCUGGCAGUUGUGCCAUGUGUUCCUUCAAUAAGAUCAAUGGCAUUCCUUCUUGUGCAGAUCCUCAGCUCUUGAAAAACACCGUUAGGGGUGAAUGGAAUCUCAAUGGAUAUAUUGUUGCAGAUUGUGAUUCUAUACAAGUAUUAUUCCAAAGCCAGAUGUAUGUUAAAACCCCUGAGGAUGCAGUAGCAUAUGUACUGAGAUCAGGGUUGGAUUUGGAUUGUGAACAUUUUUAUACAGACUACUUACUACCUGCAGUUGUAAAAGGAAAGGUAAAAGAGUCAGAUAUAGACAGGGCUCUUGUAUACACCUAUACUACUUUAAUGAGGCUAGGUUUCUUUGAUGGAAGUAAAGAAUAUGCAAGCCUUGGGGCUAAGGACGUGUGUACACCUGAGCAUCAAGAGCUUGCAGUUGAAGCAGCUAGGCAAAGCAUUGUGCUUCUUAAGAAUGAUGGAUCAUUGCCGUUGUCCACCUCCAAGAUAACAACCCUAGCUGUGAUUGGACCCCAUGCAAAUGCCACCCAAGCUAUGAUAGGCAACUAUGCAGGUGUUCCUUGUAAGUAUACAUCCCCUAUUGAUGGUUUGGAGAAAUAUACCAAGAUAGACUACAAACUUGGUUGCUAUGAUGUUGCUUGUGGGGAUACUAGUUUAAUACCUUCAGCAGUAGAGGCUUCAAGGAAAGCAGAUACUACUGUGUUAGUGGUGGGAUAUAAUCUAACAUUUGAGGCUGAAGGACAUGAUAGAGAAGACCUCCUCUUACCAGGGCAACAGCAACAACUUGUGGCUCAAGUUGCAUUUGCUUCUAAGGGCCCUGUUAUUCUUGUUGUCAUGACAGGAAGUGCUGUUGACAUUUCUUUUGCACAAAAGUCCGGCAAUAUAUCAGGGAUCCUAUGGGUGGGAUACCCUGGGCAAGGAGGUGGUGAUGCCAUUGCUCAACUAAUUUUUGGAACACACAGUCCAGGGGGUCGUCUUCCAAUGACAUGGUACCCUAAUCAGUAUGCAGAGAUCGUGAAUAUGACAGACAUGCACAUGAGAGCAAAUUUAGCAACACAAUAUCCAGGUAGAACUUACAGAUUUUACACAGGAGACACAUUGUAUCCAUUUGGGUAUGGGCUUAGUUACACCAGCUUUCAAUACACCAUCAAGUCUCAGUCUUCCCAGUUCCUUAAAGUGCACUUGCCUAAAAACCAAAAAUGUUACUCAUUAUUUGAAUCUUCAGAACAACCAGUUUCCAAUUGCCCUUCAAUUCGCUUAGAGGAUAAAUCUUCUAAGAACCUGUGUAAGGAUUUGGAAAUUCAGAUACAAGUUGAAAUAAAGAACAGUGGAACUAGAGAUGGUAGUGAAGUAGUAUUGCUAUAUGUUGUGCCUCCAUCAGGACGGGUUGGAGCUCCUGUGAAACAACUCAUAUCCUUCCAAAGAGUGUUUUUAACAGUUGGAAGCAGUGAAGUUGUUGUAAUGAAGAUCAAUGCUUGUGAUAGCUUGGGUUUGGUGGACAAUGCAGGUUACAAGAUAUUGCCAGCAGGAACACAUACCUUGAUGAUUGGACAAGAUUCUACUAAUUCCAUCAGUGUCAAUGCCACUUUCCUCCCUACUUCUCCUCCUACUGUUGUCUAAUCCAGGCCACCAUUAGUCUAUGACAUGUGCUGGUGGCUUUGAUUAUUGAGUAUAUUUAAACACCUUGUUAAGGUUUUGUCUGAAUAACUGGAAUUGAAGCGCUGAUUUUCCUUUUA